ACGCGUGAGCUAAGUGUGAUUUCUGGAAAAAUCAUGGCGUCGUUAGUUCGUGGUAUCCGCUCUGGUGUGCAGACGUUGACGAGAGUCGGCGUGUCUUGUUCAACUCGUCCGUCGUCGUUUGGAUGCAGACAGAGCCGUUUGUUCACAACAGGAUCCAGAGCUCUUGCUGUUGAGAUACAGAAGCCAGCGCCUGAUUUUUCUGGUACAGCAGUGGUAGAUGGUGCAUUCAAAGACAUCAAACUAUCAGAUUACAAAGGGAAAUACCUUGUGUUGUUUUUCUAUCCCCUGGAUUUUACGUUCGUGUGUCCAACAGAAAUUAUUGCAUUCAGUGAUCGAGCCGCAGAAUUUAAAGAUAUAAACACUGAAGUUGUUGGUGUCAGUGUUGAUUCACACUUCUCACAUCUUGCCUGGAUAAACACACCAAGAAAGACUGGUGGUCUGGGUGAAAUGAAGAUUCCUUUACUGGCCGACUUUAAUAAAAAAGUUUCUCAGGAAUACAACGUAUUGUUACAGGAUGCUGGCAUUGCACUUCGUGGAUUAUUUAUCAUCGAUCCUGAAGGUAUCGUGCGUCAUCUUAGCGUUAACGAUUUGCCAGUAGGAAGAUCAGUAGAUGAAGUACUGCGACUUGUGAAAGCUUUCCAGUUUGUAGAAAAACAUGGGGAAGUAUGUCCUGCUGGAUGGACACCAGGAUCCGAUACAAUCAAACCAGACCCGAAGGGAUCCAAGAAGUAUUUUGAGAAAGCAAAUUAGUAAUUUUGUUAUUGUUUCAAUAAAAAUAAUGCUUGAUAUGCUUAGACUGUUAGGUAGUCGCACUGGAAGACAUUUCCACCAUGCUCUGAACCAAUUCAUUUUCAACUGUAUGAUUAGUUUUUAUGAUUAUUUCAUAAUAGAAAUCACAUUAGUCUUGUAUGAAUAUUUUAUUCAAAUCGUGAUAUUAAAUCCAUUAGAUUUGUAAAUUAUGUCCUAUCUUGGGAAUCCAAUGCCCUAUAUAUGUUCUAUGUACAAUUCUGUAAAUACCUUGCUACAAAAUCCGUUUUAUACUUCACUACAAGAUCAGUUUUCCACCUCACAGACUUAAUUUGGCAUAGUUUCAAUCAAAUAUAUAGGGGCAUUGUUUGUGAAUAGCAGCUGUCACUUUGGUGUUUUUGAAUGCAUACCUGUUUCUUAUUAUGGAUAAUAGAAAUAAAAUCUGGAAUCUAUAAUAUAAUCAA